UCCGCGCCCCCGGUGCUGAACCAAGAUGGCCGGUGGCGGCCGGGCCCCGGCGUGAGCCAAGCGCGGGCUGCAGCCGGGAGAUGCCCCAGCCCAGCGGCCGCUGAGCCCGACCCGACAGAGCCGGCCCGGCCGCCUCCGGCCCGCCUGCGAGCCCGGAGACAUGUCUCUGCUUUGCGUUGGAGUCAAAAAAGCCAAGUUUGAUGGUGCCCAAGAGAAAUUCAACACGUAUGUGACCCUGAAAGUGCAGAAUGUCAAGAGCACGACCAUCGCGGUGCGGGGCAGCCAGCCCAGCUGGGAGCAGGAUUUCAUGUUUGAGAUUAACCGUCUGGAUUUGGGACUGACGGUGGAGGUGUGGAAUAAGGGUCUCAUCUGGGACACAAUGGUGGGCACUGUGUGGAUCCCACUGAGGACCAUCCGCCAGUCCAAUGAGGAGGGCCCUGGAGAGUGGCUGACGCUGGACUCCCAGGUCAUCAUGGCAGACAGUGAGAUCUGUGGCACCAAGGACCCCACCUUCCACCGCAUCCUCCUGGACACGCGCUUUGAGCUACCCUUAGACAUUCCUGAAGAGGAGGCUCGCUACUGGGCCAAGAAGCUGGAGCAGCUCAAUGCUAUGCGGGACCAGGAUGAAUAUUCGUUCCAAGAUGAGCAAGACAAGCCUCUGCCUGUCCCCAGCAACCAGUGCUGCAACUGGAAUUAUUUUGGCUGGGGUGAGCAGCACAACGAUGACCCCGACAGUGCAGUGGAUGAUCGUGACAGUGACUACCGCAGUGAAACGAGCAACAGCAUCCCGCCGCCCUAUUAUACUACGUCACAACCCAACGCCUCAGUCCACCAGUAUUCUGUUCGCCCACCACCCCUGGGCUCCCGGGAGUCCUACAGUGACUCCAUGCACAGUUACGAGGAGUUCUCUGAGCCACAAGCCCUCAGCCCCACGGGUAGCAGCCGCUAUGCCUCUUCCGGGGAGCUGAGCCAGGGAAGCUCUCAGCUGAGCGAGGACUUCGACCCUGACGAGCACAGCCUGCAGGGCUCCGACAUGGAGGAUGAGCGGGACCGGGAUUCCUACCACUCCUGCCACAGCUCGGUCAGCUACCACAAAGACUCGCCUCGCUGGGACCAGGACGAGGAAGAGCUGGAGGAGGACCUGGAGGACUUCCUGGAGGAGGAGGAGCUGCCUGAAGAUGAGGAGGAGCUGGAGGAGGAGGAGGAGGAGGUGCCUGACGAUUUGGGCAGCUAUGCCCAGCGUGAAGACGUAGCUGUGGCUGAGCCCAAAGACUUCAAACGCAUCAGCCUCCCGCCAGCUGCCCCAGGGAAGGAGGACAAGGCCCCAGUGGCACCCACUGAGGCCCCCGACAUGGCCAAGGUGGCCCCCAAGCCAGCCACACCCGACGAGGUGCCUGCAGCUGAGCAGAUCCCUGAGGCUGAGCCACCCAAGGACGAGGAGAGUUUCAGGCCGAGAGAGGAUGAGGAAGGCCAGGAGGGGCAGGACUCCAUGUCCAGGGCCAAGGCCAACUGGCUGCGUGCCUUCAACAAGGUGCGGAUGCAGCUGCAGGAGGCCCGGGGAGAAGGAGAGAUGUCUAAAUCCCUAUGGUUCAAAGGCGGCCCAGGGGGCGGUCUCAUCAUCAUCGACAGCAUGCCAGACAUCCGCAAGAGGAAACCUAUCCCACUCGUGAGCGACUUGGCCAUGUCCCUGGUCCAGUCCAGGAAAGCGGGCAUCACCUCGGCCUUGGCCUCCAGCACGUUGAACAACGAGGAGCUGAAAAACCACGUUUACAAGAAGACCUUGCAAGCCUUAAUCUACCCCAUCUCGUGCACGACGCCGCACAACUUCGAAGUGUGGACGGCCACCACGCCCACCUACUGCUACGAGUGCGAGGGGCUGCUGUGGGGCAUCGCGAGGCAGGGCAUGCGCUGCACCGAGUGCGGUGUCAAGUGCCACGAGAAGUGCCAGGACCUGCUCAACGCCGACUGCCUGCAGCGGGCUGCGGAGAAGAGCUCCAAGCACGGGGCGGAGGACCGGACACAGAACAUCAUCAUGGUGCUCAAGGACCGCAUGAAGAUCCGGGAGCGCAACAAGCCCGAGAUCUUCGAGCUCAUCCAGGAGAUCUUCGCGGUGACCAAGACGGCGCACACGCAGCAGAUGAAGGCGGUCAAGCAGAGCGUGCUGGACGGCACGUCCAAGUGGUCCGCCAAGAUCAGCAUCACCGUGGUCUGCGCCCAGGGCUUGCAGGCAAAGGACAAGACAGGAUCCAGUGACCCCUAUGUCACCGUCCAGGUCGGGAAGACCAAGAAACGGACAAAAACCAUCUAUGGGAACCUCAAUCCGGUGUGGGAGGAGAAUUUCCACUUUGAAUGUCACAAUUCCUCCGACCGCAUCAAGGUGCGCGUCUGGGACGAGGAUGACGACAUCAAAUCCCGCGUGAAACAGAGGUUCAAGAGGGAAUCUGACGAUUUCCUGGGGCAGACGAUCAUUGAGGUGCGGACGCUCAGCGGCGAGAUGGACGUGUGGUACAACCUGGACAAGCGAACUGACAAAUCUGCCGUGUCGGGUGCCAUCCGGCUCCACAUCAGUGUGGAGAUCAAAGGCGAGGAGAAGGUGGCCCCGUACCAUGUCCAGUACACCUGUCUGCAUGAGAACCUGUUCCACUUCGUGACCGACGUGCAGAACAAUGGGGUCGUGAAGAUCCCAGAUGCCAAGGGUGACGAUGCCUGGAAGGUUUACUACGAUGAGACAGCCCAGGAGAUUGUGGACGAGUUUGCCAUGCGCUACGGCGUCGAGUCCAUCUACCAAGCCAUGACCCACUUUGCCUGCCUCUCCUCCAAGUAUAUGUGCCCAGGGGUGCCUGCCGUCAUGAGCACCCUGCUCGCCAACAUCAAUGCCUACUACGCACACACCACCGCCUCCACCAACGUGUCUGCCUCCGACCGCUUCGCCGCCUCCAACUUUGGGAAAGAGCGCUUCGUGAAACUCCUGGACCAGCUGCAUAACUCCCUGCGGAUUGACCUCUCCAUGUACCGGAAUAACUUCCCAGCCAGCAGCCCGGAGAGACUCCAGGACCUCAAAUCCACUGUGGACCUUCUCACCAGCAUCACCUUCUUUCGGAUGAAGGUACAAGAACUCCAGAGCCCGCCCCGAGCCAGCCAGGUGGUAAAGGACUGUGUGAAAGCCUGCCUUAAUUCUACCUACGAGUACAUCUUCAACAACUGCCAUGAACUCUACAGCCGGGAGUACCAGACAGACCCGGCCAAGAAGGGGGAAGUUCCCCCAGAGGAACAGGGGCCCAGCAUCAAGAACCUCGACUUCUGGUCCAAGCUGAUUACACUCAUAGUGUCCAUCAUUGAGGAAGACAAGAAUUCCUACACUCCCUGCCUCAACCAGUUUCCCCAGGAGCUGAAUGUGGGUAAAAUCAGCGCUGAAGUAAUGUGGAAUCUGUUUGCCCAAGACAUGAAGUACGCCAUGGAGGAGCACGACAAGCAUCGUUUAUGCAAGAGUGCUGACUACAUGAACCUCCACUUCAAGGUGAAAUGGCUCUACAAUGAGUAUGUGACGGAACUUCCCGCCUUCAAGGACCGCGUGCCUGAGUACCCUGCAUGGUUUGAACCCUUCGUCAUCCAGUGGCUGGAUGAGAAUGAGGAGGUGUCCCGGGAUUUCCUGCACGGUGCCCUGGAGCGAGACAAGAAGGAUGGGUUCCAGCAGACCUCGGAGCAUGCCCUAUUCUCCUGCUCCGUGGUGGACGUCUUCUCCCAACUCAACCAGAGCUUUGAAAUCAUCAAGAAACUCGAGUGUCCCGACCCUCAGAUCGUGGGGCACUACAUGAGGCGCUUUGCCAAGACCAUCAGUAAUGUGCUCCUCCAGUACGCAGACAUCAUCUCCAAGGACUUUGCCUCCUACUGCUCCAAGGAGAAGGAGAAAGUGCCCUGCAUCCUCAUGAAUAACACUCAACAGCUACGAGUUCAGCUGGAGAAGAUGUUCGAAGCUAUGGGAGGAAAGGAGCUGGAUGCUGAAGCCAGUGACAUCCUGAAGGAGCUUCAGGUGAAACUCAAUAACGUCUUGGAUGAGCUCAGCCGGGUGUUUGCUACCAGCUUCCAGCCGCACAUUGAAGAGUGUGUCAAACAGAUGGGUGACAUCCUUAGCCAGGUUAAGGGCACAGGCAAUGUGCCAGCCAGUGCCUGCAGCAGCGUGGCCCAGGACGCUGACAAUGUGUUGCAGCCCAUCAUGGACCUGCUGGACAGCAACCUGACCCUCUUUGCCAAAAUCUGUGAGAAGACUGUGCUGAAGCGAGUGCUGAAGGAGCUGUGGAAGCUGGUUAUGAACACCAUGGAGAAAACCAUCGUCCUGCCGCCCCUCACUGACCAGACGGGGAACCUCUUGAGAAAACAUGGCAAGGGAUUAGAAAAGGGCAGGGUGAAAUUGCCAAGCCACUCAGACGGAACCCAGAUGAUCUUCAAUGCAGCCAAGGAGCUGGGUCAGCUGUCCAAACUCAAGGAUCACAUGGUACGAGAAGAAGCCAAAAGCUUGACCCCAAAGCAGUGCGCGGUUGUUGAGUUGGCCCUGGACACCAUCAAGCAAUAUUUCCACGCGGGUGGCGUGGGCCUCAAGAAGACCUUCCUGGAGAAGAGCCCGGACCUGCAAUCCUUGCGCUAUGCCCUGUCGCUCUACACGCAGGCCACCGACCUGCUGAUCAAGACCUUUGUACAGACGCAAUCGGCCCAGGUCCAUGGUGGAAAAGGUACUAGGUUUACCCUUAGUGAAGACAUUUAUCCUGAGAAGGGCCUGGGUGUAGAAGACCCUGUGGGUGAAGUCUCUGUCCAUGUUGAGCUGUUCACUCAUCCAGGAACUGGGGAACACAAGGUCACAGUGAAAGUGGUGGCUGCCAAUGACCUCAAGUGGCAGACUUCUGGCAUCUUCCGGCCGUUCAUCGAGGUCAACAUCAUUGGGCCCCAGCUCAGCGACAAGAAACGCAAGUUUGCGACCAAAUCCAAGAACAAUAGCUGGGCUCCCAAGUACAAUGAGAGCUUCCAGUUCACGCUGAGCGCCGACGCGGGUCCCGAGUGCUAUGAGCUGCAGGUGUGCGUCAAGGACUACUGCUUCGCGCGCGAGGACCGCACGGUGGGGCUGGCCGUGCUGCAGCUGCGUGAGCUUGCCCAGCGCGGGAGCGCCGCCUGCUGGCUGCCGCUCGGCCGCCGCAUCCACAUGGACGACACGGGCCUCACGGUGCUGCGAAUCCUCUCGCAGCGCAGCAACGACGAGGUGGCCAAGGAGUUCGUGAAGCUCAAGUCGGACACGCGCUCCGCCGAGGAGGGCGGUGCCGCGCCUGCGCCUUAGCGCGGGCGGGCGGCCGAGCGGCACUGCGCCUGCGCGGAGGGCGCUGGGCGGGGAGGGACGGGGCUUGCGCCUUGGUGGGACCUCCCCGGGGGCGGGGCUCGGGGGGCUCCACGCCGAGGGUGGGCUGCGCCUACGCCCUUGACUCAGCUUUCCCUUUUUGGGAAUUAGGAAUGGAGGGUGCCCCGCCCUCUCGGGAGGCCACGCCCAAGGGCGCGACGAAGGAAGAAGCCACAUCCCCAACUUGAGGCCACGCCCCCAGCACCUAGGGGGCAUUUUGAGCUGGGAUGGGGGAAACCUCGUCCCUAUGGAGGAGGCCACAUCCCGGGGCUCUGGUACCGGGAGGCACCACCUCAUGUCCCCUGGAAAAGCCAUAAGAUGGGACCCAGACCCCUGGGACCCCAGACCAAUUGCCAAGUAUGGAAAUCUCAGCUCCCUCGAGGGGGGGCCCUGGGCAAGGGGUAGGGCUCUCUGGAACGCCCCUCUAGGUGGCCUGGGGACUGGAGGGACCAGGAUGCUGGUUGGAGGGCCCCGGAAUACUGGAGUCCCUUUAGAUGUUUGUGCAAAAAAUAAAUGGGGGAGGGGGGAGGAUGGGAUUUCAAAAGCACAUGCGCCCUUGGGCGCCCAAACCCUGGGGGCCGAGGGGACGGCUCUGGUUCCCCACGCUGCCCCUACUUCCCUUUGGGAGUUUGCCUCUCCCUCUCCCCCAACAAACCCAGUCCUCAUAUCAUAGAGUUCAACACACCCAUUUGAUGGAUGGCAAAACUGAGGCUUAAAGAGCUGCUUGAGACUUGGCCAAGGUUCCAGGUGCCAUACCCUCUGUGCCCCUCCCUUAGGCCUGUGUGCCCCAUGGAAGGGUGGGCUGAGAUCGGGAUGACCUGACACAGCUCCCUAUUGCUGCUAAUUCCCCCUCGGGGGCCUCCUCCAAGGGGUGGGAAUUCCAGGCCAAGACCCCUACUUCACCUUUCCUUCUCCGGCUGCCAAGCAGGACCUCUGCCCUCAGCCCUUUCUCCUGGGAUCUCCAUGGGGGAUGCCAUGAGGGCCUCCCACCACAAAAGAGAAUUUGGGAUCCUGGUCCCAGGUUUCUCCAUCCCUUCUUCCUUUUCCAGAAUUUUCCAAAUAGGAAAGAACAGAAGGAGACCAGAAACUCUAGGGGGGAGAAAGAGAAAGAGAGAGAGAAAGAGAAUGAGAGAAAGAGAGAAUGAGAGAGAGAGAAACACAAACACAGUGACACAGUGAGAGCUUAGUCUCCAAGAUCCUAUUCAUUGAUUCAAACACCCAAGCCACAGGAUACCUCAGAUGGCCCUCUUGCCAGCUGGAAGCUCUUUCUCCAAUGAGCAAAGUUACAGUGACCUGGCUGGAGUUACCUGGUGCACAUAGGACCUUAGGGGAAAGUUCAGCGUGGACUAUAUUUGCUCUGGGAUCUGCUUUUCCACAUGUGUGUAUGGCACGCCUUUUUCUGCUGGAUUGGGAAGGACAAGAUUUUGCUGUGCUAGGGAGAAAUGAAAACGGGGUGAGCUGAGUAGCUGGGUUUCUGGAGGAUAGAACAUCAGAUGGGGAGGCUUUCCGAGGUGAAGAAUGAGAGGGAACCACUUACUAGAGAGAAAAGAGCUCCAGGCCUGGGGAACAGCACGUGCGAAGGCCAGGAGAGAAGAACUGUUGAAACAACGAGACGGGUGGCACGGCUGGAGCUGAGCCAGCAAGGGGGAUCGUGAGGAGCCUUGGGGUUGGGGAGAUCCGCAGAAGCAUCAGACCAGGCAGGGCCUCGUACGCAGUCCUGAGGAGUUUUACUUUUAUUCUAAGACAGUUGGGGAGCUCCAGGAGCUGUUUUAAGUUGGGGAGAGACUGGAUUCCAGCCUGCAAAAGCUGUUUUGUGAAGACUAAAACCAGUGAGGAGAGGUGGAGGUGCUUUGGGGACACUGAAAUGGAUUCUUGGAAAGAUUCUGAAGGCUGUGUUGAAAAGACACCUAUAGCUGUGGGGACAUGACUAUAAUCCCAGCAUUUGGGGAGACCGAGGCUGGCAGAUCACUUAAGGUCAGGAGUUUGAGACCAGCCUGGCCAACAUGGCGAAACCCCAUCUCUGCUAAAAAUACAAAAAUUAGCUGGGUGCAGUGGUGCGUGCCUGUAGUCCCAGCUACUCAGGAGACUGAGGCGGGAGAAUUGCUUGAACCCUGGAGGCAGAGGUUGUAGUGAGUCGUGAUCACACAACUGCACUCCAGCCUGGGCAACAGAACAAUACUCCAUUCCCUCCCCUCUACCUCACCAAAAAAAAAAAAAAAAAAUCCUGCCCUUAGAUGAGCUCCAGGGCUGCUGAGUACAGUUGUCCCAGUUGCACAGUGCCCAAGGGUUUGGCAUUGCUAAGAAGGCCACGUGCAAAUCCUAGAUAUUGAGUGUUGUAUGUUUGUGACGUUGGUUUCCCGACAUGUGAAUGGCCCAAGUGUCUGGAAGAAGUGGCGCCACUUUCUAAUUUGCUUGGAGAUGUUGCAUGUCCCUUAAAUUCAGACAGGUGCAGGUAACUGGAGGUUCUGAACCAAAGGUUAAAAUGCAAAUUCUCAUACAGGGUUGGGAAGUUGUAGCCAGGGAUAAGCUUAUGUGACUGUUAUAUGGACUGAGGAGGAGAUGUGAAUUUCGAACCAUGACAUGGCUGAGGGUAGGGGCCGGGUGGAUGGAUGAUUCAGGGUUGUAACCCAUAGAGCCCAAAGGGGAAGUGAUCUGUGACCUGGGGUGAGGGUGAUCUGGAAGAUUUUUGGAUGGCUGGAAAGAAAUGGGGAAGUCAAGCUGCCUGAGAGAGCCAAGAUAUUUCCCAAAAGUUUCCUUAGGAGUCUUUCUGGUCAAGACCUCCGUGUGUGUGUGUGUGUGUUUAGGGUUCCCCAGCAAUGGCCCAGGCAUGUGAAGGAAACAAGCUUCUUCAGGGAAUAUUUGUUGAAUGAGUUUUCCUGACUCCCAGGCUAGAACUGUUUUUGCAAUUUCCACCCUCUUUUCUUUCCCCCAGAGAACUCCUAUUCGUCCUUCAAAACCCAUCACGGAAACCCCUCUUGGAGAAAACCCUCCUUCCUUCCCCUCAGGACUUUCCCAGCCACCGUCUCUCCUCCAGUCCAGCCUGAUGCCAUGGGACUGGGGGUUUCUCUGUCCAGCUCUGUUUCUCAGUCUCAGACUGGGGUCUGAGGACUCUCAGGACCCCCAACUUUACCUAGCACAGGCUGGGCACAAGUGGGUGACAGGGAGUCUACGCCUAGUGGAAUUAUGUAUUGGGGCAGGGUCAGUGUGAGAAUACACAUCCGCAUGCAUGUCUGUCCAUGUCUGUCCGUACCAACCUUCCCCUUCCACACGGACCUGGGCACAUAGGAGGUGUCUGAGCCUGACACAUGGGACAGAGAGUGGACAUGGCUGAGACACGGACAGAGAAAAGACAAGGAGUCCAGGGGGCUGAAAGCCUUUUGAAAUCAGGAAGUUCCUGUAUUGGCAGAACAAAGCCCAGAGAGGAGCAGGGCUUUCCCCAACGCCACCCAGCAAGUGGACACAGAGCCCAGCCUUGGAUGACACCUCCAGGGUUCUGAACCCUGGACCUCGCUUUAUGCAAGGAGCUGGCCCCACAUUUCCAUGAAUCAGGGAAACAGCACAAGAGGGUUGGCCUGUGGCAGGGCAAGCGUUAAAGGGGUGACAUUGAGGGAUGCCUCAGAGUCAAAGUCCCCUGACCAAGAGGAAUAGAGUAGAAAAUACAGAGACAGAGGGUGAGAUCACGCCCCGAUGAGGACGGAGAGAGACAGAGAUGGAGAGAGACAUGGAGGUGGAAAUAUACAGAGAAAGGUAAAUGCAGAGACCAAGGCAGGGGGUGUCGGGGGAAGUAAAGAGGGUGUCCUGAAGAAAGAAGGAUCUGUUCACUCUUACCAGUCUGUCCUCGAAUGAUUUGCAUAAAAUGAGGAGGUGCCUGUCCACACCCCCAAUUCCUCUCUCAGGCCCCAGAGCCUGAGACCUCACCAUGCCCCCAUCAGAGAUGCAAAAAACUAAACACCCAACUAGAAAUCCUUGGGACCUCUCUCGGCUGGGAUCUCAGAGCCUUUCUGUCCCCUACCCCUACCCCAUGUGCUGUUGAUCUUGCAGAUGGGGACAACCUGGGGCCUCCCGGAACUCUGCCACCCUGGGGAAGUUGGGGGAGGGCCUUAGUCCCGGAUCACAACCCCAUCUGCUCCCCAGAAUCCUUUCCUAAGAAUCGUUGAGGACCAAAGUUGUCUUUGCUGACACGUGUUGCUUUUCUCUUUGCCUUUUAUUGUUUUCAGAGAAAAAUCAAGUUGACUGUGUCAAGUAACACCCCACCCCUUACCCCCGUCCAGCCAUAGUGGCUCUCUGGAGACACAGGUCACAGGCGGAGGGUCCCCUGAUCAUCCCCAACCACACAGCCAGGGGGACUUGACCCCUGUCCACCCCUGUCUCGUGCUCCCUCAGACCCCCGCAAACCGGCCAAGCAGUCCGGGGAGGCUUCCCCUCCACACAACUCUUAGCAUGUGAUUGCAGAUGUGAAAUCAAAACGUUGUUUGUUUUUUGUUUUGUUUUGAUUCUACCCUGUCGGUCCAGUGUCUGCACAGACGCCUUCAUUUCUCUGUAAAUAUGUGACUUGGAACAAAUGUUUAACACAAACGAGAAGUGGUCAUGAAUGCAUGGUGUUGAGAUGUUUUGCACUAUUCUGACUUUUUGUCUCUGUAAAAAUAUUUUAUUAACAGCAGACAUUAAAAAAAGAAAAACCACACACAGCCUUGGA